CCUCCCGGUCGCUAUAAAACCAGCCUCUCUCAGCACAGACCGUCACAUCACUUCUGACACCAACUCAGCCACACAGGCGGAAGACGAAGACAAGACACACUCUCUUCAAGAGACACACAACACCAGCAGAGAAAUGGACCCUUGCAACUGCUGCGCCACUGGAUCCUGCAAAUGCGGUGCGUCCUGCACCUGCACCAACUGCUCCUGCACCACCUGCAAGAAGAGCUGCUGCCCCUGCUGCCCCUCCGGCUGCAGCAAGUGCGCCUCUGGCUGCGUGUGCAAGGGGAAGACCUGCGACACCAGCUGCUGCCAGUGAGGACCGAGCUGCAGAACAUGGGCCUGCUACUGUGAAAUGUCUUAAUUGCACUUGGAAUCAUGUAGAGUAGAUGUUUUGUACUUGCUUUCAAUGUGAUUAAUAAAAUUUAAAAGCUUUCCUCUGAA